AUGAGUCUUUACAAUGUCUUCUUCAGAAAUCAAUCUAGAGAAGCUAGAAGGAAGACAAUUGAAUUUAUAGGAAAAGGAAAUCCAGUUGAAUAUCUGCAAAAAAAUCUUUUUUACAAGAUUGAGAUUACUUUGAAAUCCACUUCGGAUAAUUUCCACUUUCAGUUGAUGAGGACUCUUUUUGUUCUUAAAUGUAGAACAAUAUCAUGA